AUUGUCACGGACUACAGACUAGGCUCUCUGCGAGCGGUUUCAUUGGAAUUAAUCGAGCUUUUCCCCUCGCUGCCGUGUAAAUAAAAAAUACGCGUACAGGUGCGUGUGUGAAAAAAAGCUACACCCGCAUGCAGUAGCAUGCUUGCUAUCGCUAGCCUACACACGUGUAUAUCCCAUAGCAUAGCUAGCGCGCGCAGCCUACAGAUCAACUGUACUGUACUAGCUAAUGUAGCCUGAGCAAAAGACUGAAUACCCUCUGCCGGCUGCCUUAGCUAUUGGAGGCCGAGAAUAGAAUCCAGGAUCACAUGUGAAUAAAGAAUCGAUAUGGCGACGACAUUAAAAACGAAUUUCAGAGUAGCAAACAGGAUCGAAGCAUUCUACACUGGAGGAAAAGUCUAUGUAGCAUCAGAUGGCAGCCACAUCUUCUGUACAAAUGGAGAUGAAGUUAAGAUUCUGGAUGCUGUGACAGGGAAGGCUGUUCAUAGCAUCAAAGAUGAGGGUGCGGAUGAAGUGACAUGUUUUGCUGUCACUAAAGAUGAUGAGAUUCUUGCGGUAGCAUACAGGAACUCAUUACUGAAGCAGUGGAACUGGAAAGAUGGUUCAUGUACUAGGACUUGGCAGUCUUUGCACAGAGGUCCAGUGGUGAGUAUGGCCUUUGACUCAACGUCCACCCUCCUGGCUACGGGAAGCAGUGAUAGUACCAUCAAACUCUGGGACAUCGUCCGCCAGUACUGCACCCAUAACCUCAAAGGCUCUCAGGGCGUUGUCAGUCUUGUACAGUUUCAUCCCGACUCUGAGAGACUACAUCUCUUCUCCGUAUCAGACGACAGUCACAUCAGAAUAUGGGAUCUACAGACUAGCAGGUAAAUGAUUCAAGUCUCU